GAGCUUUGAAUUACAGGCCACCCCCUUCUCCAUCUCCCAGCCCCCCUACACAGACGCUACAUUCAACGGAGGAAACGGAAAAGACGAAACAUAGAAGAAGGUUUUUCAUUUCAAAACCCCGGGGCUGUGGAAAGAACAGAGAGUUCCUUUUAAUAUCAAACUUAACCAUAUUCAGCCUCGUAUUUGGAUCGCGAAGCCGACUUCUCCCCCACUUAUUCCCACUUUUUUCUCCAACUUAUCCCAGCUGUUUGCAGCUGGCAGAAAGCACCCGCCCUGUUUGGGAAAAAGGGACCGAUAGUGACCGGAGGAGAGAGAUGUCACCACAACCUCCCCAGCCGCAGGUGAGGAAGAAUAUCCUGGGUUUCCUCAAGAGCUUUUUGGGGAUCCUCCGGAUCCUGCAGAUCGUAUUCGGAGCCGGGCUGUGGGUCACCAUCGCCUCCAACAAAUACGAAGGAUCCAUCCACUUCGUCCUGUUUGUCGCUGUCCUCUUCUGGCUCCUGACCCUCGCCCUUUUCUUUCUGACCCUACUGGACAAGCAGGACCUGGUCCCGGUGCUGGGCGGGGAGCGCUGGUUGCUCACCAACCUGGUGCACGACGUGGCCGCCACCGUGCUCUACCUGCCGGCCAUAGGUGUGAUGAUCUACAAGACGGACCGCAACUCCUUCUGCAACCUGGAGCUGUACAAGCACCUCUGUCUGUACAAGGUCUACCUGGCCGCCGCCGUGUUCGCCUGCCUGGCCUGCCUGGCUUACCUCCUGUCCGCUAUUUAUGGGGGGUGCAGAAAGUGUCGGGGUGAGCAGACAGUGAUCUGAGACUGAACAGCGAGGAGGAGAUGACGUGGUGGUGAUAAAAGGUUGGGGUGGUGGGUGGGUGAUGGGGAUCCCCAGCAAGAUGAGGAAUAGUUAACUUCACUGUAAUUCAGUUACAUACCAAUUUGAGAAUGUAUAAGAACAGCUAUUCUAAUCACAGGUUUCACUCUCACCAUUAUUGUCUUAGCCACCUACACUUUUAAACAACAACAAAAUAAUUUCCAUUUGGGAGGCCCUGGGCCAAAGUUUAAAUCAAUCUGUGGUCCUAAUUUGUGUCUAUUUGUGGGACCUUGGUAUAUGAAAACAUUUGAGCACCCAUGGCAUAGAGGCCCAGAGGAUUUAAAGGCAAAUAUGGUGAGAAAGCAUAGCACGUUACCCUUUCUCAUUAAGGCACAAGGGACAAGAGGUUUUCUCCUAUUUGUAGCCUAAUUAAAGCCCAUGCCUCAGGCUGUUGUUAUUAUUAUUUUUUAAAUGUUGUUUAGUAAUUUAAUGUUAUUAAUCCCUCACGAAAAAUCACUAUAAUAUUCCUGUAGGGACUUCUAGUGGGUCCUUGGUAGCCUACUUAAUGGUGAGUUUAUAGCGGCCUUUUUUAUCACUCCAGUAUUUCUACAGGGACUUAUAGUUUUGCUGUGAUAUCUCUCUAAAAUCUUUCAUAGAGUUAAUAUAGUUGUUUUUCGUAAGGGAUUUUUUUUUCUCAUUACUUUUUGAAAGUAUAUGUUUUUAUGUGUUUACAUGUUUUGUAUGACAGUCAGCUGUAAUUAUACUGAACAAUAUACAGAAGUGUGAUGGACUAAACAUGACUAAACAAGUGGAUACUAUCUUUUUGAUCAGCUUUGUUUUGUCUGACUCGAGCAUUCCAAAGCCUUAUUUUCUCUACACUUGUCCUGGCCAAACAGUUUUAUAAGUGCCUUCUGUGUCAGAACGCUGCAUGCUCAACAAAGUUGUGAUAACAACAAUUCAAAGUAUGUGGAUGUGAUGGGUGCUAUGGUAAGGAUAUAUGUACAAGACAAAAAAAAAAAAAAACUAUUCCCUAAGUGUUCUUUAUGUACAACCAAAGAUCAAAAGUGCAAGAAUAAAGAUCAGUAAGUGAGAGCCAG